GAUGGCAGGGGCGCGAGCUGUGUUAAUAUCUGACUGGAUUUUUAAUUCGUGUUUGUUUGUUUGUUUGUUUAUUUAUUUAUUAAGGAUAUUUAAGGGACAACGACAAAGCGCAUUUGUAAGAAAGGAAUGUUAUGCUUGAAUGUAUUUUAUCCCUGUGUCUGAUACAUGUGGCAGUCAGCUGAAGAGCGGAAGAAUGCAGCCUGUAAGUAAAAGAGAUGCUGGAGUUUGGCAUCAGACAAGAAGCCUGCUCUACAAAAACCUGCUUAUCAAAUGGAGGACCAAACAACAAAGUCUUCAGGAACUGAUCCUGCCCUUGCUCCUCUUGGGUCUUCUUAUCCUCAUCAGCAUGCUCAAUCCUCAUGUGUCUUAUGGCAGUAUCGACACCAAAGAGCUGGAUCAUGAACAUGACCUGCCAAUCAAAGGUCUCGGUUACACCCCCAUCAGCAACGUCACCAAUCACAUUAUGGAAGAGGUUGCACGGGAACUGCCCAUGAAUGAGCUUCGGUUGGAUAUGUUUUCUACCGAGGAAGAUUUGGAGAAUGCCAGUCUCUAUGAACCCAAUGGUUAUGUGGGGGUGGUCUUUCUGGACUCCAUGUCAUACCGUCUUCGGUUCCCAUACAGUGAACUUCCUCUUCCUAGUGAUUUCACAGAGUCCAUAACAAGUUGUUACACAAACUAUAGAAACUGCCGUGCUGCCAACUAUUGGUACUCUGGGUUCAUACGCCUGCAGUCUUUGAUUGAUGCUGCCAUCAUACAGAUGCAAACCAAGCGUUCAGUGGGGAAUGAAUUAAAGGUGCGUGCUGUGAUGAUGGGACAUCCGGGUUCUGUAGAGGUCCAGAAGUUCCCCCAUGCCCUCAUCUCCAUUUAUUUGGUGGUGGCGUUUACGCCCUUCGUCUCUUUCCUUAUCGUCAAUGUGGCAGCUGAAAAAGAGCAGAGACUCAAAGACACCAUGGGCAUGAUGGGAUUGUAUGAUUCUGCAUUCUGGCUUUCGUGGGGUCUCCUCUAUGCUGUGCUGGUGACGACUAUGUCCAUUCUUAUGGCUGUUAUAGCAACCUGCACUCCACUCUUCUCCAACAGCAACUUUUUUGUCAUAUUCCUGCUCAUCUUUCUGUAUGGAAUAUCCUCUAUUUUCUUUUCCUUCAUGUUGACGCCCCUGUUUAAGAAGCCCAAGUUUGCGAGUACGGUGGGCUCCACACUGACGGUGGUCUUCAGCUGUCUGUCUCUCUUUACCGUGCUGAUGAGAGAUUUCCCUCAGCCUGUGGUCUGGCUCCUCUGCCUUCUUUCUCCCAGCGCAUUCUCUAUUGGAAUCGCCCAGGUGGUGUAUUUGGAAGCUCAGGGUGAUGGGGCAGUGUUCUCCUCUUUGCGCGAUGGUCCUCACGCCCUCUAUGUUCCAAUGGUCAUGCUAUUUUUGGACUGCAUUCUCUAUCUGCUUUUAGCCAUUUACUUGGACCAGGUGCUGCCAGGUGAGUUUGGCACACGGCGCUCAAUGAUGUACUUCCUGCAGCCGUCCUAUUGGUCAAAGAAAAGGAAACACUAUGUGGAGGUGAGCUCUGUCUUUGAAGGAGAGGUGAACGGAGCUCCUGUAAUUGAUGAGUCGGCGGAGACCGUUUCUCCUGAGUUUAGAGGCAAAGAGGUCAUCAGAAUCUGCAAUAUCCGUAAAGUCUACAAAGAUAAAGACAUCACGGUGGAGGCACUGAGAGGUUUGACUUUUGACAUCUAUGAAGGUCAGAUCACAGCCCUGCUCGGACACAGUGGAGCGGGAAAAUCCACUCUCAUGAACAUUCUUUGUGGCAUUUGCCCCGCAACAGAAGGCACAGCCACCAUCUAUGGCUCCCCUGUGGCGGAGAUCGCGGAGGGAGCUGAGAUGAAACAGCUGGUCGGUAUAUGCCCCCAGUUCAACAUCAUCUUUGAUGUGCUCACCGUACAGGAACACCUGAGGAUUUUUGCAGCCAUCAAAGGGAUUCUGCCCUCUGAUAUCGACGGCGAGGUAAGGAAGGUUUUAAAAGAUUUGGAUUUGGAAAAAAUUAUGGAUGCCCAGGCGAAGAACCUGAGUGGAGGCCAGAAGAGGAAACUGUCAGUGGCAAUAGCAAUUCUUGGUGACCCGAAGAUUCUUCUUCUGGAUGAGCCGACAGCUGGUAUGGACCCAGUGUCUCGUCAUCAGGUUUGGUCAUUACUGAAGAGCCGUAAAGCAGGCAGAGUUACUGUACUCAGCACUCAUUACAUGGAUGAGGCAGAUAUACUUGCAGAUCGUAAAGCCAUCAUCUCUCAAGGGCAGCUAAAAUGUAUUGGCUCAUCUUUGUACCUGAAGACCAAGUGUGGAGUUGGUUACCAUCUUAGGAUGUCGGUGACUGAAGGUUGUGAGGUGGAGAGAGUCACAUCACUGGUCAAGCAGCAUGUUCCCAAGGCACAGUUGUCACGGCAGCAGGAGGCUGAGCUCACGUUCACGUUGCCUUUCGAGAGCAUGGAAACUUUCCCAGGGCUUUUUGCAGAGCUGGACUGUCGGCCUGACCUAGGUGUGACAAACUAUGGUGUCUCGAUGACAACAUUAGAAGAUGUAUUCUUGCGUCUGGAGGCAGAGGCGGAGGUGGAUCAGGCCGACUACAGUGUGUUUAACCAUGAGAAGGUGGAAGAAGAAGGAGAUGCCUCAUCUCUGGAUGAUAUAGACCAAAGGUUGCUUACCUUCUCAGACAGCAGACAGGAUGCAGUUACCUCCCGUGCCCUCUGGAGGCAGCAAUUCAGCACUGUGGCCUGGUUGCACAUGCUUAACCUACAGAGGGAAAGGAAGGCCAUCAUAUACAAUGUCACGCUAUAUCUGGUUUUCUUGUCCGGAGUGCUUAUUUUGUCUCUGGCCACAGGAAACAUUCAGAUUCACUCUCCCGAAAGACUGUUUUCGCCCAUUUACUUGUUGCACCGCAACGAGGCUCCUCGCAAAUACGCCACCAGUCUGCUUGUCCAAAACUCGACCGAUUCUGACCUGUCAGGGUUCAUCCGUAAUGUGGAGAAUCAGGACAUCAAGGUAGAAAUGAUGAGAAAACCGGAUUACAUGUCUUCUGCACCUGUGAGCGCCGCCAUCAAUGUGACGGGAUCUAGUAAGGAUUAUACAUACAUUUUAGCAUUUAACAGUACCACAGUGCACUCUUUACCGAUGGCUGUUAAUGUGCUCAGUAACGCCCUCCUGAGGGGCUUUAAUGGCACCGGACGCAUCAAAACGUGGAGCAAACCUUUCGACUACCAAAUCCCAGACACGACUUCCUACGUUCUGAUCUACAUUGAGUCAAUCCUUCUAGGAAUGCUGGCUGCUGGAAUGUCUGCCUAUUUUGCCAUGGACCACACAAAAGACAUAGAGCUGAAGUGUCGCUCAACCCUGAGGAUCUCUGGUCUGGUUCCGUCCGCAUACUGGUGCGGUCAGGCAGCUAUUGAUGUUCCCUUCUAUUAUCUUAUAUUAAUCUGUAUGACCAGCACUUUGUUUGCUUUCCAUUCCACAAACCUUCUGACCGCCCAUAACGUCAUGGUCGUGGCUCUUUGUGUGAUCGGUUUCUCCCCAGCCAUGGUUCUCUUCACAUACUGCGUGUCCUUCUUGUUUGUCAAGGUCCAGAGCAACAGGGACUUCUUCUCGGUGGUCUCCAUGAUGAUUUGUAUACUUUCUGCAUCCAUAGUCCAGUUGGCCCUUGUGAACGGAGACGAAGGUCUGGCUCAAAUCCUGCACAAUGCAUUGUGUUUCCUCAGUCCACUUUACCCUCUUAUGGGCUGCCUUACAUGCAUUACCGUGGCCACCUUCCUUCAGUCUACGCAUGAAGUGGAUUUCCUGUGGACGAACCUCUUCAUCUCUGUAAUUGCUCCGUACAUCCAGUGUAUUUUGCUGCUUAUCCUUCUAAGAUGGUUGGAGAUGACUUAUGGAGGGAAGACCAUGAAGAACGACCAGAUAUGCAGGAUUUCCUCAAAAACAAAGGACAAAGUUCAGAAGAACCCAGAGGAGAACGUAAGCGAGGAUGAGGAUGUGCAGGUGGAGAAAGCCAGAGUCAAGGAGGCGUUGACCUGUCAGUGCUGUGAGGAUAAACCAGUGGUGGUGGUGAGCGAGCUGAGGAAGCAGUACAAAGGAAAGAGAGAAGGUUUCUCGCUCACCAAGAGAAGACAAGUUGCCACCAAAAACGUCUCUUUUUGCGUUCGCAAAGGUGAGGUUUUGGGUUUGUUGGGUCCAAACGGAGCUGGAAAGAGCACCAUCAUGCAUUUGCUGUCUGGAGACCUGGAGCCAACUGCUGGACAGAUCCUGAUGGGGGAUUAUGGCACAGAUUUUCAGCCAACAGAAAACCCCCUGGAGCAUGUAGGUUACUGUCCUCAAGUGAACCCUCUGUGGCCUAGAAUCACCCUUCAGGAACACCUGGAGAUCUAUGCUGCCAUCAAGGGGCUACAUAAACACGAUAUCCCAAACAUCAUUAAGCGUGUUGUGAACGCUCUAGAGCUGAAGGAUCAUCUUCAUAAACAGGCCAAAAACUUGUCUGCAGGACUAAAGAGGAAGCUGUGCUUCGCACUAAGCAUGCUGGGAAAUCCUCAGAUAGUUCUAUUGGACGAGCCGUCUACAGGGAUGGAUCCUAAAUCAAAGCAACGCAUGUGGAGGGCGAUCCGUGCCGCCUUUAAGAACAAGCAACGAGGAGCACUUUUGACCACCCAUUACAUGGAGGAAGCAGAGGCUGUGUGUGACCGUGUGGCUAUCAUGGUUUCAGGUCAACUACGGUGUAUUGGUUCCAUUCAGCACCUGAAGGGGAAGUUUGGGAGAGGUUACAGCCUAGAGAUAAAUCUCAGGGAGGAGCUCACAGGUCUUCAGCAGGCUGAUCUGUUGCACAAAGAGAUACUGAAGAUAUUUCCCCAUGCUGCUCGUCAGGACAGUUUUGCCACCCUGAUGGUGUAUAAAAUCCCAAUGGAAGACGUGAAGUCACUAGCCAAGGCUUUUUCCCAGCUAGAGAGUGCUAAACAAAACUUUAACUUUGAAGAGUACAACUUCUCCCAGUCAACUCUUGAACAGGUUUUCAUGGAGUUCGCAAAAGAGCAGGAGAAUGAGGAAGAAGAGGUGGGCUCUCUCAGCACAACCUUUCAAUGGCAGAGGCUGAGGCAGGACGGCUCAGUGUCCAUCAAUCACGCGGACAGCGUAGUACACCAGCUAUGAGCCUGUUCCUGAACCGAUGUGCCCUCUUCUCUCUCUAUCUGUCUGCAUGUGCCGUCUAUUGCCUUAAAAACCUUAAGCUGAUGGUCACGGCCAACUGGAUCUUGGAAACGUGGCCACUUUUACACAUUCAGAAUGAGUGUGGGCCAUGAUUGGCCUUAGUACUGGCACGUGCUGGGGUCCGAUGCAUGACUCGUGUGUCAAUGACUUGACUUUAAAAAAAAGAGAUUUUCUUUUUUAAUCUCUCACUGAGAGAGCAUUUUAACAUGUACCUUGUGUUCACAAGCAUCAAGCUCGCCGUCCUCCACAUACACCACUGGAAAUAUAAUUGCAUGGAGCCGGUUCCACAUUAGAAAAACGGUACCAAAGUCUCACGUCGACGCCAAAAGGUGGCUUUGGUGCCUGUAGCAUGGGUAUAAACUUUCAUCUAUGUGUGUUCCAUCUAUGUAAUGCCUAAUGUUAAUAUAUAUACCAUCCUGAUGUGCAGCAAACUUUCAGACAGGAGAAUCUCACUUCAGCUGUUGCACAACAGCACUGACGCUGAGGUUUACCAGCAUGCAUGCUGUGGGCGGCUCUUGUUCCUUAUACCCUCUUUUGAGAGAAGCACUCCUGCAGGUGCGUGAAAGCCUUUUGUGUUUUGCUGCACAUUUGACUCACCAACAUAUACAAUUCAGGCUUUCACACACAGCUCUCCAAAGAAACACAGGGCUAAGCACUCGCAUUGAUAAAGCCAGUCACGUCAUUUGGUGGCCUUCUUUUAGAAACCAAUUUUCAAAAUCAGUAGCUUAAGAAUGUAGUUCAUACAGUCUGCACUGAUCCAUGUAGCACUCCGGUUUAGUCACAUAUGGCUGCGAGGCGUUUUUUAUUAUUAUUUAAAGAAAUGUACCAAUAAAGGCAGAUACUGUAGUGCUUCUGGGAUAUCGACCCUUGGAUGUACUAUAGUAUUUUUGGUAUAGGAUUUUAAACGGUUCGGGUUUGUGCAUUUCUUUUUAAGAGAUUUCGUGCAUCAGAAACACUAUUGUUUAUAUUGCGUUUGAUUUGUUUGGUAGGUUGCAACUCAUAGGGAGGUGUGACCAUAGAGGAAAUAAGCUACCGUCCUUUUAAUGUGUGCAUUUUAUGUUUUAUGUAUUUUCUGUUUUAAUGUAAAAUAACAGGAUCUUUGCUGAACCAAUAAUAAAAAUAUUUAAAAAUUCAGUUUAUUUGGAUAUCUUUUGGUUUAUUUUAAUAUACGGUUUUAUUGAUUUGUAUUUAAUCUUUACAAAUCAAUCUAAAAAUUAUAAUUUAAGCCUUAAAGAGUACUAGAGCUUCCCUAUUAUUGGUGACCCCUGCCAGUAAAACCCCAAGCUAUUUUUUUUAGUUUUCUUCUACAUAAUGAAGUACGUAAAAUCAUAAUACAUGAUGUAAAGAACGUUUUGUGAAAGUAUAACAUUGAUUUCUUUUAAUAUUGACUGAGUCAUGUCAAAGAUUGAAAUGUGAAAUCAAACUUUGAUGCUCCCAAUCUCCGAAUUUGAUUUUGAGACUUUAGCCUGGGUCACAUUAAUUGAUAGGUUGGUUGAAGGACUCCAGCAAAUAACAAAUAUGCAUUGUGUGUAAUGUAUAUUGCAUAAUCUUAAAUCUAUAAAAAACAUCCAUGUAUGAUUUGUUGACUAACCCGUUUGUUUCUGAUUAACCAUUUUGACAUCACAUUUUCUUCAUCAGCUAUUUGGCAGUGUUGAUGCAGAAUCAUAAGUUGAUACAGUGGACUGUUUACCCAAGUGCUGUUUCUCUUGUUGGUAAAGAUAUUUGCUAGAUGUUUCCUGGCAUAAUAAUCCGACACUCCUGCCGUAUUUUAGUUUAAGACAAUCUGUUGUAAGUUUUCUGAUCACAUUUCUAAAAGCUACUUCUUUUUGGUUGGGAUGUACAACCCUACCUGAAUCUGAAAAGUUGUUUGGAUCAGUCCUCAAAAAUUGUAAUUUAUGCCAAGAUGGCAUGUUGUGUGAAAUAUGCUUUGACAGAUGUAAGUAUUUUAUCUUCUUGAUUUCUUUUUAGAAAGGCUUCAUCUUCCAGACAUUGGUUGCGAUAAGUUCCCUUUUUAGGAAUAGCAACGCUUUGGGGAGCGCCUCGGCAUGACUGAUCUGAAGCACGUGUAACACCUAAUCAAUAAUUAGAUGAUUGGAUAUUGGCUGGAUGCUGCCCGGACCAGGGGUAUAAGAAGGCAUCACAUACAGACACACUCACAUUUUGUGCCUCAGCAAGUGACUGCGUGUUGGUAUUAUACUAUCUGAAGUAUGUCUAAGAAGUUUAAGUUGUGCGUACCCAAUCAAGGACACACACAGCCUCUGCUGAUGCAGAGCGGCGACUGCACUCGUGGGGGUCGCAAAUGGAUCUCAGCAAGGAGAUGGAGACGGUUUCUCUCCCUUUCUCGGUGGCUUUGAUUGCCCCCUUGGUAUGGUAGGAGGGGUUCCUCCUCCCCCGAAGGUAGCUCGACGCUUUCUCUGUCCUCUGAAGAGGUGGAUGUCCUAAGCGUUGAUGUGGGAUACAUCGGAGAUUUGGAUGACCCACCUACGGUCUCCCCCAUGUAUGGUGACGCUUGCGGUGGCUCAGCUCGGCUUGGACUGGCCAGUUGAACAAGUGUGCUUGCCCGCAGAGCCGUCUGGACGAGCGGUAUCUGAUGUUACGAGCGGUGCCUCCCCUUCUUUUCAUCUCCAUGGAGAGCUGUCUAGGUCUUGGAAACAUCCCUAUUCAGCCCACACAUUUUCCUAUCAGUCCAACAUCUACUCAAACAUCUCGGGGGUGAAGGAUCACGGUAUGGUUCGAUUCCACAGGUAGAACCGACCCUGGCAAGUUACCUGUCCCCACCCUCCUCUUCCUCUCUGAAGGCACACUCACUGCCAAAUAAACCAUCCCGCAUCACAUCCGUGCUGGUUGGUAAAGCCUUUACCUCGGCGAGUCAGGCAGGUGCUUGUCUACACACCAUUGGGUUGCUGCAGGCGUCCCAGGCUGAAUCAUUGCAUCAGCUGGCAAAAGAUGAGGACCGAAACGCAGACAUGGUCAGUUCGCUGCAUCUGGCGACGGAUGUUUCUCUACGGGCGAAGUCGGUCGGUCGUGCGAUGGCUGCAUUGGUGGCAGUUGAGAGGCAUCUCUGGCUGAAUUUAUCAGAUAUUAAAUCAGCCGACAAGGUGUUCCUCAUGGAGGCCCCAGUGGCUCACUCUGGUCUCUAAGGCAAUGCUGUUAAUUCCAUGGUCGAGAGAUUUCAGGGACGCCUUAGGACCUGCUGUCUCAAGUGGGGGGGGUGUUAUCUUUCAUCCCCGUCCAGAAAUGUGGAAACUGUGGGUCUGGCCUCUGAAAGGGCUGGGCUCAUAAACUCCGGUCUCUCAGCUGAGGAUGUGGAGAACAUUCUUAACUCCAGAGCUCCCUCCACAAGGAAAAUGUAUUCUGUUAAGUGGAAAAUGUUCUCCUCCUGGUGCUCAGCUCGUCUGGCAGACCCGGUUAACAGCCCUGUCGACGUGGUGCUGAGGUUUCUGCAGGAGCGUUACUCUGAUGGGUUAACCCCUUCCACUCUUAAGGUCUAUGUGGCAGCAGUUUCUGCCUACCAUACUCCUGUGGAAGGCUCAUCAUUGGGUAGACAUCCAUUGGUGGCCCGCUUUUUUCGUGGCACUUGCAGGUUCUGACCCGUUAGUCGCUCGAGGGUGCCUACCUGGGAACUAGCGGUCUUGCUGGAAGAGCGCUCGUUGGCUCCGUUUGAACCACUUGAGACCCUCACCAAAUAGGCUUCUGGCCUUUAAGACUGUGUUCCUUCUGGCUAUUACCUCUUUAAAGCGGGUGGGGGACCUUCAGGCCCUGUCAGUAUCCCCACAUGUCUGGAGUUUGCACCUGAGAUGGGUAAGGCUUUUUUACACCCAAGGCCAGGUUAUGUUCCCAAGGUGCCAAGGCCCAAUGUUCUGCAGGCCCUUUGUCCUCCCCCCUUCUGAAUUUGGUGUGUCCUGUGCGAGCACUGGAUACAUAUGUUCACAGGACUGCUCAGUGGAGGAAGUCCGAGCAGUUAUUUGUGUGCUUUGGUUCACCCAGAAAAGGUUUACCGGCGACCAAGCGGACUUUGAACAGAUGGAUAGUGGAUGCUGUCUCACUGGCUUAUGAACAUCAGGGCAUACCCUCACCCGUCGCUGUGAGGGCCCACUCUACCCGGGGUAUGCCUGCCUCUAAGGCCUUAGGGUCAGGCACCUCACUUCAGGACAUAUGGGAUGCAGACGGUUGGUCUUUGCCGCUCACCUUCGUCAAAUUUUAUGGUCCCAGGUUCUUUUGCCUUAACUGUGUUCAGUUUAUACACACUACAGGCAUUUAGUAGUAUGGAAGCGUGUGUAUCUCAUUCCCCAAAGCGUUGCUAUGGCGACGCAGCUCGAGUUCCUCGAAAGGGAACGUCUCGUGUUACGUAGUUAACCCUGGUUCCCUGAGAAGGGAACGAGACGAUGUGUUUACAUGCCAUACUUCCUGCAUCCCUGUAGCCACUUGCUUCGGCACUGGUAGAGAGUGUGUCUGUAUGGGAUGCCGCCUUAUAGCCCUGGUUCGUGCGGCAUCCAGCUAAUAUCCGAUCAUCCAAUUAUUGAUUGUGUUGCACGUGAUUCAGAUCAGUCACGCCGAGGCGUUCCCCAAAGCCUUGCUAUGGCGACGCAGCGUCUGGUUCCCUUCUCAUACGUAACCCGAGACGUUAUUCAUGUUUUUGUUGUCUACCUUUAUGAAUAAAUAGUAUUCAUGAAUAUUAAAUUCAACCUCUUCUUUUUGCACCUGAAGACAAAGUUUUCAACUAGUAAAACACUGAAAAGUCGUACCCUUGUAUGUAACCUGCCACCAUUGUACAACAUUUCUGUGACAUCUAACACUGUGUUUUUGUUUGUACAUUACUGGGUUGGGAUGGGGCAGUGAUUAUAUUUAACAAUAUAUCUAUUUAACCAAGUCCUUUAUUUUAUUUCAAAUGCAAUAUAUAAAUGUGUGAGUGAUUAAUGCAUUAUGUAGACAGUGUCAAUUGCAAUAUCACUGUUGUCUCUCUUGUGAACAUAUAGGUGUCUUGCAGUACAAUGUAGCCACAACUGCAUAAUCUUGUAGAACGCUUUGCACUCUUUUCCCCUAUAGUGCCCGUUUCCUGCCCUCUGUAUGCAAAAAUUUGUUUGGAAAUUUAAAGGUAUUUAGGAUGUUGUGUAAUUUUGGAUUAGUGGAAUGAAAUAACCUUGUAUGUAUGUAUGUAUGUAUUUAUCUUUCCUACUGCAAUAUAAACGUAUGAACACAUAUAUAACGUGUGCCACAUAUUUUGUAUUUUUCAAACUGUUAAAAUGAAGUGCACUUUUUUAAGCCUGUUCUUGAGAUUUGUUGAUGGUAAUUGUUUCACUCUUUCACCAUGUUUACCCUUUAAAGGAUUUAAAUAAAUAGGGUUCAAUUUCA